GUGACAGGACGCCACUGCCGAAUGUAGUGUGACGUUAUAUCUUCUCGAUCUUCUGUUGUUGCAUACGUAUGGUUAAUUUAUAUAUAUAAUUUAAUUUUUGAAGAAUGGUAUUAGAUAUGGAUCCGCUUUUUUUGGCUUGGAGCUAUUUUAGAAGACGGAAAUUUCAGACUUGUUCCGACCUCUGUUCUGAAAUACUGGAAAAAAGUCCUUACGACCAGGCAGCAUGGAGUUUAAAGACAAGAGCUCUGACAGAGAUGGUGUAUGUGGAUGAAGUAGAUGUGGAUCAAGAAGGAAUUGCAGAAAUGAUGCUAGAUGAUCAUGCAAUUGCUCAAGUGGCUCGCCCUGGUACAUCGCUCAAGCUUCCAGGCACAAGUCAGGGAGGUGGUCCAAGUCCAGCAGUCAGACCGGUGACACAUGCAGGGAGGCCAAUUACUGGAUUUGUUCGGCCCAGCACACAAUCGGGGAGACCUGGCACCAUGGAACAAGCAAUCAAGACACCACGGACUGCUCACACUGCAAGACCUGUAUCUAGUGCUUCUGGAAGAUAUGUUAGACUGGGAACGGCGUCCAUGCUUACAAGUCCUGAUGGUCCUUUCAUAAACCUGUCCAGAUUGAAUCUAGCAAAGUAUGCUCAAAAACCAAACUUAUCAAAGGCUUUAUUUGAAUAUAUCUUUCAUCAUGAAAAUGAUGUUAAAAAUGCACUGGAGCUUGCAGCCCUGUCUACUGAGCAUGCACAGUUCAAAGACUGGUGGUGGAAGGUACAGCUUGGCAAAUGUUACUACAGGCUUGGGUUGCUCCGUGAAGCAGAAAAACAAUUUAAAUCUGCACUGAAACAACAGGAUAUGGUUGAUACAUUUCUCUUUUUGACAAAGGUGUACAUACGGCUGGACCAGCCAUUAGCAGCUUUAAACCUUCUGAAGCAAGGUCUAGAUGUCUUUCCUGGAGAAGUUACACUGCUUACAGGAAUAGCCAGGAUUUAUGAGGAGAUGAAUAACAUCACCUCUGCCACAGAAUAUUAUAAAGAGGUGCUUAAACAAGAUAAUACUCAUGUUGAAGCAAUUGCUUGUAUAGGAAGCAAUCAUUUUUAUACAGAUCAGCCUGAAAUUGCCUUGCGGUUUUAUAGACGACUGUUGCAGAUGGGAGUUUACAACUGUCAGCUGUACAACAACUUGGGUCUUUGUUGCUUUUAUGCCCAGCAGUAUGAUAUGACUUUAAGCUCAUUUGAAAGAGCCCUUUCACUAGCUGCAAAUGAUGAAGAAGUAGCGGAUGUUUGGUACAAUCUGGGGCAUGUGGCAAUUGGCAUUGGGGAUUCAAAUCUAGCAUACCAGUGCUUUAAAUUGGCCUUGGCCAACAAUAAUGACCACGCCGAAGCAUAUAAUAAUCUAGCAGUCUUAGAACUACGGAAGGGUCGAAUUGAGCAGGCAAAGGCUUUCCUUAGGACAUCUUCAGCAUUGGCACCCCAUAUGUAUGAACCACAUUUCAACUUUUCUUCACUUUCCGAAAAGGUGGGAGACCUUCAGAACAGUUACAUAGCUGCAAAGCAAGCAGAGACAGCAUACCCAGACCAUACGGACACUCAACAACUUAUUAAACAGCUUCGACAACACUUUGCUAUGCUCUGAGUUUACAUCUAAUGCAGUUAUUUGUUUUGUAAAGGAGUUUAAAAAUUAUGCUGUCUUAUUAGUAUUUACAGGUCAUAAAGGGAGGGACAAGAGGCUCUUUACUAUCUAUAUUACUUAGCCUGCUCUGCAAAUAAAUUCAUACUUUGUUUUUGCUUGAAAGAUAGUUUCAUUGCUGUGCUGCUUUAAUAGCAUAAAUCCACAACAAUAUUAACUACAAAAUACUGAAUAAAUUAUUUAAAUGGAGCAUUAUAUGCAACAAUAAUUACUGUUUUUGCUUCUUAUAUCAUUUGAAAAUAUCUACCAGUUUCCUUUUUUGUACGGUAUGCUGUAGAUAAAAUUUGUAUAACACUUAAAAUUUUAUAGUGUAAUAAUUUUUUGUAAUAAGAUACAAACAUUUGUGUAUUUAUUAUUUGCAAAAGUAUGAGAAGUAAAUGCUAAAUGCUGAA